ACGUUUCCCUGCAGCCCCUCGGCAGGAUGGACAGCGAAGAGGAGGACGCGAUUGCGUGCGAUUCCAGCUACAGCAAGUGAGUGAGCCGAAGCAGAUCUGCACCCACCCCGCAGUCAGUGCAUUGAUCCGUCCGUUGGUGGUUCGGUUCAUUCAUUCAGCAUCCCCCCUCCCCUUGUGCCCGCUGUCCUGUGCAGGGAGGACUGGCUGCAACGACUCAAAAGCGUCGAACUGUACGAGAGGUAAGCACCAGUGACACAACAGUACGCAGUGCCAUCGAUGGUGGGUGCUGUGUUGUUUGAGCGUGUGUGUGUGUGUGUGUGUGUUGGCUGUGUGUGCCAGCGACAUCCAUGAGGUGAUUCUCAACUUCUUCACCGUGCAUGGCUUCCAGGAUGCGGCAGAGGAACUCAUGAAGGAGGCGCAGCUCAGAAGUCAGUACUCAAGCAGACAGACAGACAGACACAUCCAUGGUGUGGUGGCUGGCCAUUUGUGGGUGCCUGCGGUGUUUGCAGCUGAGAUGCCGAUGACGUCGAUAGGACGGCGGCAGGAGAUCCGGCAGGCGCUGCUGCGGGGCGACAUACCCACCGUCAUGAGCACCCUCGAUGACCUGGACAGAGAGGUAGGCUGCCGCACGGAAUGAAUGAAUAGGGGUCAUGGAUGCAUCGAGAUCGAAGCCCGAUCCAUGACCCCAGAUACUCCGCCGCAACCCCGAGGUCCGCUUCCAGUUGAAGCAGCUGCAGCUCUUCAAAAUCAUACAAGAUGUACGUACACUGACAAAACAGCAACUCACAAUCAGCACCGAGGGGAGAUUACGGCCAUGAUGCGCACCAUGACUCUGUCUCUGUGUGUGUGUGUGUGUGUGUGUGUGCAGGGCAACACGUUGGAGGCGAUAGACUUCGCGCAGACACACCUCGCCCCCGAAGUCACAGAACACGUAAGUAGCCCCAAUCAGUCAGGACCGCCUUGCUGUGCUGAUGGUGCCAGUGCCUGCCUACCUUGUGUUGUGUGUGGGGUUCAUCAGCCCCAACUGUUGCCCCGCCUAGAGGAAACCAUGGCCCUCCUUGCCUUCGGAGACCUUAAGGCAACAGAGAGGGAGGGAGAGGCGACAAGACAGACAGAUGCGCUUCGCUUCCUUUUCUGUGUGUCGUAUACAGAGUCCCGAGGCGCAGAGGUUGGCUGAGGGGUUGAUGGAGAGGGAGGAGGCGGCGCGGGCCGUCGAUGACGCCAUACUCGAAUUCUACUCCAUACACCAAGGCAAGCAACCACUCUGCCAGCCAUGUCUGGGGAGGGCAUGUCCGUCUGAGUAUGUGUGUGUGUGUGUGUGUGUGUACAGAGUCGACGCUGGAGAGUCUGCUGAAGAACUGCAAGUGGACGCAGCGUCAGCUGACGGAGGGCAAGGGGUGCGUGUUCCCCACACUGGUCGACGCCGCCGAGUGCCGGUUCGAGCCAAGCUCAGACUCAGACGCAAGCCCUGACAGAGACAGGGGGGCGGCAGACGCGGUGAACAGAGCAUAGCAUACACGCGGUGGCCACGCACUCAAGUGGUCACAUAUAUAUGUUUUCUUAUUGCGCGCCGUAUGUGCUGUGUUUGGGUGUUGUGUGCGCUUCAGCUCUUCCAGCCAUAGCUAUGCGAAGGCGGGCAUCUCCUCUGCCUGUGUCGGGGGGUGGGUGGAUCCGGUCUGAUUCGUGUAGUGUAUCCUAUCAAUCAAGGAUGAAGGCUGUCGAGCUGUUGGUGGGGUCGGCCGGUUGUUGCUGCUGUAGAGUCUAGCUUUUUGUGUACGGUGCGGUGCUGAUGUGGGCAUGUAUCACUUCUGGAUGGGAGGGAUGGUGCAAACAAAGGAGUGAGUGACCGAGGCCUCCCCUUUUUAUGUGUGGGGAUCCGGUCAUCCAGCAUUAAUUGUGGGCGGACACUGUCUGAGGCAAUCACACCAACCGUCGUUCCGA